AGUCACGGGCGUGGGGAGCGGAGCCGAGGCAGCGAUGAGCGGUCGAGAGGUGGUCGCUCUGAGCGUGGGAGGUGUGAGAUUUGUAACCCGGCCUUGCACCUUGCUGCAGUUCCCCGAGUCCAGGUUAGCACGCAUGCUGGGCGGUGACGACCCGGAGUUUAAACUGGUGAACGGAGAGUUUUUUGUGGACAGAGACGGUGCUUUGUUCGGUUACAUCAUGGACUUCUUGAGGACUCUUCAGGUCUCUCUGCCUGCUGGUUUUUCAGACUUCCAGAGGCUGCGCAGAGAAGCGGAAUUCUAUGAGCUCUACCCUCUGGCUGACCUCCUGGGCCAGGAACACCUCCUGAAGCCGAGGCUGGAGCUCUUGGAGGUGCGUUUUUUCCUGCAGGAGAUGCAGGCCUCUUUCCGGAUCUUCGGCUCCUGCAGUAGCACCGUGGAGGCGCUGGCUGAGCGGAUCACCGUGCUUACGGGGCAGCAGCCAGGGCAGGGCUGGAGCAGCCUUUUUCAUUCUCAGAAACCACUCAUUCCGCUUCCUUUGGAAAGGCCUUCUCAUCACGACGUGGUUUUUCAGUGUGGAACCGACUGCUCUGCUGCUGACCGGUUUGUGGCCAGGUAUGUUUCCAUAAAGCCUGACAACAGAAUGCUGAUAAAUGGUACCAACGUGCUGGGCCUGCUGAUUGACACGUUGCUUAAAGAUGGAUUUCGCCUCAUAAGCACCAGGACGGUUUCCAGUGAUGAAAAAGUGGAAUGCUACAGUUUUGAAAGGACGCAGAUGCCUGCGAACCUUACCAUCAGUGCAAAGCAACGCCCGGGGAGCUCCGGGACGGCGCAGGCAGGGAGAAGCCGAGUGCAGAAGGGGAAAUAAAGCAUUUUCCUGUCCUCUUGUGAAGGUGGAAGAGGUGUGUGUCAGCACCAGAGGCCUUUUUUUGUUUGCUCAUUUGUAACUGCAACUAUUGAGGGAAGUAACAAACAAACAACUUUUUCAAAAGGGAGUUGGAAAAAAAAAAUGCUUUCCUGCCUUCCCCUGCUCCACCCUCUUCAAUUCUAAAUAAAAGAACCGCAGAUUCAGUACUGUUUUUGUGGACCAGACUGCAGCACUUUCAAGGGCAGCUUUUGUUUUUCUCUGUGGCUAAAACUUCUGUGACUCGCAGAAAAUCAAUCACUCCUUCUAGAAAAUCCUUCCUGCCUUCUGUGCUGAACCCUGAGUGGACUUCAAAUACGAUCACAUGCAAAGGAGUAACGAUUUGACAACUCUCACCCAAGCAGUGUGGAGAAGUGGCCAGAGGAGGAAUGUCAACCUGAAUGACUGGAGAGUGUUUCUGCUUUGGAAACAAUACGCACACCAACUCCUGCAAUGGCAAGGUCACAAGUUACAUUGCUGUGGGACUGGAGACACGAGAACGUGGCUUUGUGAAGCCACUGCUGGCAUCCAUGAAAUAACGUGUCACUUUCUCUUGCAAAAUAAUCCUCUGUCCUCUCCCCACACUCUGAAGACACUGAGCUGCUCGUUAGUGCCGAGAAUUAAAUGAUAAAGGUCCUCAGAAAAUACUUGUGACACGAACAAAGAGUCAGUCAGUUCUUAGAGCUUUAACCGUAACAACAAAAAUGUGAUGAACGGUCCUUCAGAUGGAAGAGUUAGUGAAAUUUUAAACAAAAUAGUGCAAGGCAUUUCUUAGUGCUUGUUAAAUGAAAAUGUAUUUAGGAGGGAGGCUUGGCAGAGGUCGCUUUGGGAAUGCUAACCCUAUACAAUGCUUUGUAAAGGUGCCAGAAUUAUCUCAGGUACGGGAGAGCUAAGUUAAUGAGGCUUUAUACAUGAAGAACCUUUCAUCCUGCCUAGCAGGCAAAUCAUGGCAGCAUCAAGAAUUCAUUAUUUGAAUCUGACUUUGUUUCUCGUUGAGUAAACACCAUCUUUCCAACAUUAAAUCAGGAUGUUUGGCUGGCUAGUUAGAGCUGGCUUUCCUUUAGCUUUAAAGUGCGAAUUUGUUUACAGCACUUGAGAAUGGUGAUGGGUGGUGGGAAUCACCCUUCUGUUUCUUGUCCGUAGGGUUUGCAGUGAAAUGGAUCAUUCACUUGGAUCAGACUUCUGAUGCCGCUAUCGGAUGUUUAUUUUCUCUAUGCUACCAUAAAGCAUUUUAGCUUGACACUGGUUCAGAAGUUCACUGGCAACAAGUAGGUUCUCUUUACUUGUUUUGGUGCUUUCUGGGGGUAAAAUAAUGUGAUUAUGGGACAGCGUCUCCAAAGCUGCUUACAGGCUACAUAAAUGCAGUAAGUACUGUGGAACCUCAACCUGGAUGCUUUCAGUUCAAACUGGAUUUUUUUGUCAAUAAUGUCACCAUGUUAAUGCGUUGAGCACAGGCCUUUCGUUAGACCUUCUGCUGAUAAAAUCAGGCCAUUUCACCUACUGCAGAAGUAGUGAGUUUAUUUUCACUGCUGUAACAGCCAUUUUGAACACUGAGAUUUUAAUUCUUUUAAAAUAAGGUGCAAGGAAGAAGAAAUAAAUAUAUAUGUUUUAACCUA